AUGAAUUACAAUAAUAAUUAUAUAGAUUACAAUAUUCAUGAUAGAAGAAAAGCAAAUAAUGCUAAUCAAAAAAAAAAUGAGCAGUGGGAAAAUAUUAGUUAUAUUAAAAAUAAUCAGAUAAAUACAAUUAAUAAAACAAACAUAGAUGUACCAAAUGAAAAUUAUAUAGAAAGUUGUAUUAAUAAUAAUAAUAUUUAUACAAACAUGAAAAAUGAUCAUAUGAAUUUAGAUAAUUAUAAUUUAAAAUCAGGAAAUUAUUAUGUUAGGAAUUUUAAUAAUUUUGAUGAUAACAUUAAAAAUAAUAUAAGUGCACCAUCUCAUUAUGUCAAUUCACACCCAAUUUUUGAUAAUAAAAGAAAAAAAGAAGUGUAUAAUUUUUCUAAUAAUAUAAAUCAUAAUACUGAAAUGAAUAAUAAAAAUUUUAAUUAUUUAAAUAAUACAAAUAAUAUAAUUAAUAACAGUAAUUUAAUUUUAAAUAGUAGAAACACAAAUAAUGAUAAUAAUAAUUAUCAAUAUAAUAAUAGCAAUUUUAGAUUUAAUAAAAAUACAUAUAAUAAAUUAGAUAGAAUAAAUGAAAAACAUUAUACCAAUGAGACAUUAAAUGAUGAAUUAAAGAAAAAUACUUUUGAAGAAAAUAAUUUACAAUUUAUGAAUAAUUUAAAACAAACAAAUGACAUAAAUAAACUACAUAAUAAUUCACAACCUUUUAAAAAUGAUGAUAUAAAUAAUAACUAUUUUAAUAAUAGUAGUCAUAAAGGAGAAUAUAAAGGUAUUAUGCAAAACUUUUUUGAUACCUUAACAAAUAAUGUAGAAAAUAAAAACGAAAUAAAUAAUUUAGUAAAACAGAAAGUUGCUAAUAUGGUUAUAAAUGAAAUAGAAAAAAAAAUUGAAAUAAAUGAAUCUAGUUUUCUAUUUAAUAAAUUAUCUUUAUUACGUCAAUACUUUGAUGUAACACAUUCUUAUGUAAUUAAUAAAAUUAUAUUUAUUCUUAUACCAUAUAUAUAUAUACGUAAGGCUAUAUGUGAAUCUAGAACAUAUUAUGUAUAUGCUCAUCUAAAAAAGAAAAUGGAGUUAAUUCAAAAAGAUAAGAAUUUUGAUUCAGCAUUUAAUUUAAAUAAACAUAAUAAUGAAUUAAAACUAAAAAAUCAAGAUAUAAUGAUUAAAAAAAACGAAAAUGAAUUGAAUUCAGAAAAUAAAGCAUUUUAUUUUAAUGAUAAGAAAAUGAAUAAUAUAAAUAUGAUGAUAAGACAUAAUUCUAAUGAUAUUAAUUAUGUAGAUUAUAGUAAUUUUGGUAUAUUUAAAGCUGAUUUAUAUAUCCCUUUAAUGUCAAUUAUCACAUAUAUUUUAUUAUAUACCUUAACGGUAACAGCUCAAAAAAAUAACUUCAUAUUUAAACCAGACAACUUAUUUAAUAUUUCUUCAUAUGUAUUUAUAUUAAUAUUAUUAGAAACAAUUAUAAUCAAAUUUUUAUUUCUUUUAGUAUGUCGAGAUAUAAACUUAUCCUUUUUACACAUUUUAUCUUUUAUUUCUUACAAAUUUGUUAUAAUGUGUGCAUUAAUUAUUACAAAAAUAUUUUUCUAUUUUACUUAUUUUAUAUAUGUAUCUGUUGUUGGUAUAGAUAAUGAAAAUACCAACAAAAUACAGUCAAAUAAAAUAUCCAUACCAAGUAAUUCACAUAAUGUAUUUAAAAAUUUAAAUAAUAAUUUCACUUUGAAUUUUAGCAUAUAUAAUAUUAUUUUAUUUUUGAAUGACAGUUUAACAUAUAGAUUUACUCAAUUUUAUUUUUAUAUAACCGUGAGUGUACAAAUGAUACAAAUUUUUAAAUCUAUUCAUUUGUAUAUCCAUGAUAAUUCAAAUUUAUUGAAUAAUUAUAAUAUUAAGAGAAUAAAUAUUUUAAUUCAUAUUUUUUCAUUUUCUCAAAUUUUUUUAUGUUGGAUUCUUACGCCUUCUUUUUCUUAA